GGGAGCCGCAGGCCCUGAAUAACUUGACUGGCCAACUGUCGGCUGGGAUGGGGGCGCACAGCCACCGUGACCCAUGCAAAAAAAGACAGGGCCAGAGAUAGUGAGCUUACACAUGUGUGGAGGCAGCCUGGGCAUUAUUUUGGAUGUGGUGAUGUUAACUGGACCAAGGUCAGGGCCAGUGAGAUUCUGAGCCCUGGUUGGAGCGAGGUAGGGAGCUUGGAAGGGAUGGUCAGGGCUGGUGGGAGCAGAGGGCAAGGUCUCUGGGGUAGCUCAACCCUGGGGGAGGGAGGAGAUGCCAUUUCCUUCACAUCAUGAACCUCUUAUCUGUGGCCAAAGGAACACCAUUAGCCUGUGGGCAGCAUGGGCUGGAGUGGCCCAGGCUCUUGCAUGCAGCUUGAGCUGGCCAUCUAGUUCUCCAGACUUCAAGCUCCCUCUCCUGGAAUCCCCACUCCCCGGUUCCCACUGGCCUCGUUUAUGCUGACUCAAAGCUGGGCCACUGGGCCCUCCCAUCUGUUUUUGGGAAUUAGCUGGAUUCUGCACUGUGGCCCCUUGGCUUGGAGGCAGAGGCGAGGGCCCUGGUGCCUCCUAGAAACGUCCUGGGUGGCCAGCAGGCCCUGGUAAGGGGAGUGCUUUACUCUAGGGUCCUCUUUGCGCCUUCUGACAGGUCUGUAGACAGGGACGCAGAGCUGGCCCACCUGGUAAAACCAUGCGUUCUUCCUGGUGAGGUCCCCCAAGUGGUGUGUCAGGGCUUCACCCUGCCUGUUUGAAAAACAGCAUGCUGUGUUUUGAGGGAGGGGGAAAGGGGGUGGUGCUGGAAGGAAGCUUUAUGUAAUUCUUGGCUGGGACUCAGGUAAUUGUUUUAAUGAAAUGGAAUGCAGCUUAUUCAGAGCUCAGCUUGGCAGAAACAGCCAUGUUCUGUUCUGUUUUCUUGUUGGGAAAGGGGGGAGGCCACACAUUUCCAGCUGUUUGGAAUCGAAGAGCCUCAAGUAAGCUUGAGCAAGGUGGGUGGAAGCCUCUGGGGAGCUCUUUUCUGGUUUAAGUGAACGAGCCGAAGGCCGCUUGAGUCCCAUCUGGACAUAAGUCUGUGUAUCUUUACGAACGAGCCAUGGAGCCUCUGGCCUCUUCCAACAACAAAAAAAUGUUACUGAAAACAGGCUGUAAAAUGGGGCUAACGCCUGCCUCCUGGGUCUUUGGGGAGCUGAGUACACUUCAGGGAGACCCAGAGUGGCUGUCUCUUUGUCAAUUUGCGUUUUACUCCACCCACCACAUCACCUUCUUUCCACCUCCACAUCUUUUGUAACUCCAGCCCCCACCCUUAGUCCCUGGGUAGUGCAGAUGGCUAACAUGCGUGGCUGUUAACCAAAAGUUGGGAGUUAGAGUCUACUCAGAGGUGCCUCGGAAGAAAGGCCUGGCUAUCUACUUCUGAAAAAUCAGCCACCGAAAACCCUAUGUGAAGCUGUCAACUAAUAGGUUCUUGUGAAGCAGACUAGCUAAUUGAAGUCAGCCAGACACAGGGUCGGGAGAACAGAAGGGUCUUUUUCACAGUUUGCAGAUGGGGAGACAGGCAGGGUCUCCUCACCUAAGGCUGCCGGCUCCCUGAACCAGGCCAGGUUCGCUCCUUUUAGAGGGAGUGACAUACACAUGCGUGAACAGUGAGACGAGGAUCUGCAGUCUUGUGAUGCGUGUACAGUCUGCAUAAUUUUAGUGAAUGAGUUUUUGCACACGGCUCUAAAAAUACUGCACACAGCCCUGAAAAAAUGGUGAUGGCGCGCCCCUGCCACCCCAGGAAGGUCAUCUGGUGGGUAGGUCUGGAGUCAGCUCACCUUGGCCUCCUGCCAGGAGAAGACGAGAAACCUGGGGAUUUGACCAAUCAUGGCGAAGUGCUGUAAAAGUUGUAACAAAAAUGUAGCAAGAGUAGACUUUUCUGGAAAAACAGCUAUUAUGGGAUGGUUAAUAACCCUUAAUAACCCUUUCAUGACUGCCUGCUUCAUAUGGAGCACAGUUCUACCCUGGCACACAUGAGGUUGUCAUGAGUUGGGGUUGACUCGACAGCAGCUGUUUUGUUUUGUUUUUUUCCCCAAGCAGAAAGGGAUUUAUUAAAGGAUAUUAGGUGUCUUGUAGAAUCACUGGGAGGACUUAAGAGACAUACUCAAGACUAAACUUCUAGGAAUUAUACUCAGAAUGUCUUGUGCCCCUGGCAAGCCUGAAAUGCCAAAAUCUUGACGUUAUUGCACCUGUAACUGUAGAAACUCGAUCUUUCAGCCACUAAAUACUGGGGCAGCUGGUUUUUUAUUUCACCUGGUAUCUCCCAUCCAUGUAGACAUCUGUGACCUAAUGUUCUCCAUCUACAGACCCCCUCCCCCUGCUACUUCCUUUCUCCUGUCUCUGUGGCUUCUUUUUAUCUUUGUGCCCUCCCUAACUUCUUUACUUUGUUCCUUUUUCUGCUUUUAACAGAGCCUAGGCCCUUCUUGACAUUUUCUCUCUUGCUGGGCGCUACAGUCCAUCCACUCUAAAGAGGAAUUAGCCAUUACGUACUCCUUGGCCGCCAUGUUUUCCCCUCCCUUCCUUAAGCUCUGCUCUGCAGAGCCUCCUCGACUGACUGCCUUUCGUGUUUCCUUCUCUGAGCCCUUCGUGUGCAUUUGUGUUUUUCCAAAGGCUUGGCUCAGGCCUCCCUGUUUUUCCUCUUUCUGAGCACUGAGGUCAAUUUAUCUACUUGUGUGACCUCUUUUAUCACUCGUGUGCUGGCGACUCCUAAAUUUGUAUUUCCACCUUGGACGCUGACGUGGAUCCUAUUGUCCAGGUUCUUCCGGUCCGCUCGCCAGCAAAGACCCAACUCAUUUCCUUCUCACUCUCUCUCGGUGACCGUAUUGUCUGAUUUCUCUGUUAUGGUCUCUUCUGUUCUCUUGGCCUGUAUUAAAUAAUGGGCAUUCGUGUACCACUUUCAGGUUUAGGAAAUGUUUUCAUUUGCUUCAUUAUUUCUGGUAUGAUUCUGACAACAACCUUUCAAAGUAGAUGGUGGUUGUCCCCUUGUUACAGAUGAGGAAGCUAAACUAAAAUUCAGAGGGUUUAGGGGACCCACCCGGUGUCACCAUAGACAAUGCUACGAUUACUUGAGCCUAGGUCUUCCAACAUCACAUCCAUUUGCUUUUUGGUUCUUCAUGCCAAAAACCUUAAGGCAGAAGUGGCAAAUCACUGGUCGAAUUUGGCCUUCAUGCUAUUUAAAAAUAUUUCAAAAUUUCUUGUCAACAUUUAAAGCAUCAGGAGAUUACACAUAAAGUCCACAUGUCUGGUUUCUUUUGAAAAAUCAGAUUUGGAUACGCUGACCCAUGUUCCUACGUGGCACCACUUGGCUGAGCUGAACAGCUACAUCGCUGUUAUUUGGUCCUCCCUGUUGUUUACAUUAUGGAGUCCCUGGGUGGUGCAAAAGGAGCCCUGGUGGCACAGUGGAUAAGUGCCUGGCUGCUAACCAAAAGGUCAGCGGUUCAAACCCACCACCCACUCUAGAGGAGAAAGGUCUGCUCCCGUAAAAAUUACAGCCUUGGGAACCCUAUGGGUUAGUUCUCCUGUAUUCUACAGAGUUAGUAUGAGUAGAGGAAUCGACUUGAUGGCAGUGGGUUUUUUUUUUUUUUUUUGGGUGGUGCAGACAGUUAAUGUGCAUGGCUGUAACUGAAAGGUUGGGAUUUGAGUUCACCCAGGGGCACCUUGGAAGAAAGGCCUGGCCAUCUGCUUCUGAAAAAUCAGCCAUUGAAAACCCAUGGAGCACAGUUCUACUCUGACACACAUGGGGUUGCCGUGCGUUAGAAUCGACCCGAUUGCAACUGUUUUUUUUUUUUUCUUGGUUGCUUACAUUGGGUGUAGCUUCCUGCAAAUGUAUUCCUACUUGGUUUUGCUCUGGAGGGUUCUAAGAUUGUUCUCUUUCUGCCCUUUUUGUGUGACAGACGCACCAUUGUCAAGUCUAAGGGUUUCUUGAACUGCGCUGAGUUAGACUUGACUUUGGAACACCCCAAGCACUUAGCUCCACCUUGAGUCUGGAUCUUUGUCAAAGGAGCAGAAAAUAGGCGCCUUCCCCUUAUCUGUCUGCGCACACUCUCUGCCUUUAAGAUCUCAGCUGAAGCCAUCUAUUUGAGAAGGCUUUAUUUUCUGGUGGAAACCCUGAUGGCAUAGUGGCUAAGUGCUAUGGCUGCUAACCAAAGAGUUGGCAUUUCAAAUCCGCCAGAUGCUCCUUGGAAACUCUAUGGAGCAGUUCUACUUUGUCCUAUAGGGUCGUUACGAGUCGGAAUCGACUCGACCGCACUGGGUUUGGUUUGGUUUUUUUUCGUAUUUUCUGGUUAAAACCAGCCAACCUCUGACUUCGUUCUGGGCCUUGACCCUUCCACUUAGACGGAACUUUACAGAUGUGUGUAAAUUGCAUUCUGUCUGCCCUGUGCCCUGUAAGCCCCUUGAAGGCAGGGAUCUUAUCCGACUGGCUGGCGUUUGUAACCACUAAGUACUGCUCUGUUCUUUCUGUGGUUGCUUAAUAAAUAUUAGAUAGUGGUUGGUGAUUAAAUGGGAAUGAGCUGUGGAUACCCACUAGGAUGCCGGACCUCCAGCAAACCACUUCCUCUGCCAGAGAAUCAGAGAGUGAAAUCCCCAGGGUUUGGGCUGAGCAGACAGCAUAGUGCCACGGUCAGAACACAGGCCACACCUGCGUCUGUAUAGACUCUGCCACUUGCUGACUAUGCGACCUCGGCCAGUCACCCCAUGCUCUAAGCUUCAGUCCAGUCAUUCGUGAAACAGGUGCAUUUCCUGAAAUACUUUAAAGUGCUCAAAAUAAAGCGUUGAGUGGAUGGUAACUAUUGUCAUGAGUUCUUGGAAUAACCAAACACAGCACUGGGGCUUGAUGUUCUGUGUCACCUUCUCGGUACUGUUCCGGCUUGCACUUCACUGUAUCUGCCGGCUGUGUUUCCUGUGGCCUUGGAGACGGCCAGUGGCCAGUUAGUGCACAGGUGUCGGUUGGCUGUUCAGCUGGGCUUGGGAGGAAUCUGACUUUGGUUAUGUCUCAGGAGAAUGUGAUCUAGAACUAUCAUGGAGAGUAUGGGGGUAAAAUGGCCACACCCGAGUGCUGGUGGGUUUAAGUCGGGUUUUGGUUUUGUGACAUUUUAUUUCCCCUGGGCCUCUUUGGUAGCUUCAAGGAGGAAGCGGGCGGGGAGGAGGCCUUUUGGUGGGUUGAUUUAUACUAGUGGCUUAUCUAACACUAUGCUUUGAGAGCUGCCACAGAGAGCUGCUCUGGGGUGUGACUUCCAGAGCAUUCUCCCUCCUGGUCAAGGCAGGCCAUGAAGAAUGUUCUGUGACAUCUUCAAAGCCUCUCUGGACAGGUUUGGCCAUUGAGGCUCCUAGUUGUUGUCAUUGUUGCUAGGUGCCAUUGAGUCAGCUCCAACUCAUAGCAACCUUAUGUAUAAUGGAACGAAACAGUGAAUGCCCUGGGCUGGUAACCAAAACAUCUGAGGUUUGAACCCACACAGAGGCACCUCGGAAGAAAGGCCUGGCAGUCUGCUUCCAAAAAAGCCAUUGAAAACCCUCUGGAGCACAAUUCUACUCUGACACACGUGGGGUCACCAUGACUCAGAGUUGACUUGAUGGCAGCUGGUGUGUUCUGGGUCUGGCAGUGUCUCUCCUCUGUUUAAAACCUCGGUGUCCCUCUGUCACCUGAGCAAAGUUUAUAGCGAAGUGUCUCCAUCUCGGCACUAUUCACACUGAGGCUCAUAGCAGCAGUAGAAAAGAGCAGUUUGGUUUUUGAACAGUGAGCUGUGGUUUUGUCCAAAGAGUAGGCAUAGCUGUUAGAAGCUGGGCCAGUGACUGGGUGGCCCUGCCACCUCUGUGCUCUUUUAGGGGCAGUUGAUCAGUUGGGCCAGUCCUGGGCUUGGUUAGGGAUUGAAGUGGCUCUGAGAGUCCUGGCCAGGCUUUCCUGCUGUUUCUGCUUUUAGGAACAUUCCCCUGCCUUAGGGGGAAAUGGGAGUGUCCUCUGGCCUACACUUGGCUUCCUCUGGAUUUGCCAUUUCCCCUUUUGUCUCUGAGCUGGGCUGGCCAGCAGGGGUGGCUUCUCAUCACUGGUGAGCUUGAGCAUGCCUGGCAGGGCUGGCUUCUCUGGGGCGGGCAGAUAGGGCAGCUGUGAUGCUACGAACACUGCACUGCCCCGCUGAGCUCACUCGGUCACGUGCUGGUCAUGUUGGAAAGCCUGUCGUCCCCAGGAGUGAGUGGGUUUGCAGUUUUUCCACCCCUCUGUAUUAGCAUCAGCUUAGCUGUGUCUUUGGGGUGAGGUAGCCGUUGGGAUAGCUGGGUGGCCUCUCUGCCUCCUGGUCUCACCAUCUCAGAUGGCCUCACCUUCUCCCGUGUCCUGAAUUUUCUAAGAAUCCCUGACCCCCUCCUUCUUGGGAAAUCAGCACUUGAAGGCUUUUUGUCUGGUCUGCUGGUCAGAGGCAGCCCAGCUAGAAACAAGCUGGGGAAGAGACGCAUCACCUGGAGGCGGUUGUCAUAGCUUCCUGUGGUCAGUUGUGGUCAUCUGCUUCCAAACAUCCUGUUUGCGCCCUGAGAGCCUGAGGGACACUGACCUGAAGACAGCUGUUACGUGCCUGACUAUGGGUCAGGAGCAUGGGGCCAGGGAUGUCACAGCCCAUCUGCCCCAGAGAAGCCCCUCUUGGCUCACUGGUCACUGGCUAUCGAUGGCAUUGCUGGUAGCAUCUCCUCUCAGCCUUGCUGGCUUGGGCCUUAUGUGCAGACUCGCAUCCUGACCCUGCCUCACCUCCUCCUGCUUCUCCAGCCUGCGAGACUGUCCCUCCGGAUGGUCUGUUUGGGUAUAAUCAGAGAACACUCCCCUCUUUGUGGUUCUGGGCUGAUUGAAUUUCUUAGACUCCUAUGCUUCCAGAAAGGGCGCCAUGGGCGUCACCUCACCCUGUGAUUGGGGGUCUCCAGCUAUCACCUUCUUUAGUCAGAGCUGUUCGCUUUUUUUAUCUGUUUCAUACGUCUGGCUUCUGUCUCAGGUUGCAAUCGCAGAGGAGGUCUUGCAGCUUUUUAAAAAACUGCUAAUGAAAAUGCAAAAACAUUGGAAGAUCACCUACCAAGUCCAGCUCUCUUGUUUAUAGAGGGAUAUACUGGGGAGAAGACUUGUCCAGGUCAUUGGGUACCCAAGCAGACUGUGCUUUGUCUUCACGCUAGCCUUUUUUUGGAAGGUCUGGGGUCCUAGUUUUCCUCGUUUGCAGAAAUACACACGAGCCACAGUGUAGCCUCAAGGCCUCUUUUUUUCUGGGGCCUUUUCUCAUGUCUGGUGCAAACGGUUUGUGCUUGACUACUAACUUCAAGGUUGGCAGUUCAAACUAGCUGCGUAGUGCCAUGUAAGAAAGGCCUGCUGAUCUGCUUCCAUAAAGGUUACAGUCAAGAAAACCCUAUGGAGCAGUUCUAUUCUGAAACACAUGCGCUCGCCAUGAGUUGGAAUAGACUUGAAGGCAACUGGUCUGUUUUUUUGUUUUCCUUGGGACAUUUUGCAUCCAGUAUUGGAACCCUGGUGGUGUAGAGAUUAAGGGCUACGGCUGCUAACCAAGAGGUCAGCAGUUCGAAUCCGCCAGGUGCUCCUUGGAAACUCUAUGGGGCAAUUCUACCCUGUCCUAUAGGGUCACUAUGAGUCAGAAUCUACUUGAGGGCAGUGGGUUUGGUUUUGGUUUUGGUUUUAUUGUUACUUAGUUUUGUAAAAGUUUUUAUGUCACAAAGAUACAUGGUUAUUAUAAAAAGAAAAAAAAAAAGGUAUAAAAGUGAAAGUCCCUUCUUCCUUUCCCCCACCAGGGGUAACUGUUGUUAAUUGUUUGGUAUAUAUCUUUCCAAAGCCCUGGUGGCACAGAGGUUAAGAGCUCAGCUGCUAACCAAAAGGUUGGCAGUUCGAAUUCACCAGCUGCUUCUUGGAAACCCUACGGGGCAGUUCUACUCUGUCCUGGAGGGUUGCGAUGAAUCAGAAUCAACUCAAUGGCAACGGGUUUGUUUUUUUCUUUUUUUUUUGAUAUAUUUUCCAAACCAUUUUCCAUAAUUUAUAAAUUUAAAGCAUACAUAUGCUGUAUAUGCCCUUCUUUAAAAAAAACAAAAAGACUUCUGUAUUUUCUUAAAUGUUUAUUAAAAGGGCUAGUUAUAUUAUUUCUUUUAAUAUAUAACUUUUUUAAAUUGAUUAUCAAUGUUACACAUGUUCAUUGUAGGUAAUCAGAAUACAAUUGAGAUGCGCAAAGAACUUAAUGAGACCUCAGAGAGAGAAUCGUCCGGAGAUUAUAAAACCAAAAAACCAAACCUGUUGCUGUCGAGUCGAUUCCAAUUCAUAACAACCCUAUAGGGACAGAGUAGAACUACCCAGUAGGGUUUCCAAGGCUGUGACAAUUGAGAUGCGCAAAGAACUUAAUGAGACCUCAGAGAGAGAAUCGUCCGGAGAUUAUAAAACCAAAAAACCAAACCUGUUGCUGUCGAGUCGAUUCCAAUUCAUAACAACCCUAUAGGGACAGAGUAGAACUACCCAGUAGGGUUUCCAAGGCUGUGAUCGUUAUGGAAGCAGAUUCCUACAUCUUCCUCCCAUGAAGUGGCUGGUGGGUUCGAACUGCUGACCUUUCAGUUAGCAGCCAAGCACUUAAUCAUUGCGCCGCCAGGGCUCCUUUUUAUCCAGAGAUAACCAUAAUUAAUAUUCUAACGUAUUUCUGUAAAAUCUUUUGAAUGUGUGCAUAUUUUCAUAAUUGGAAUAAUAACUGCUAACAUCGAUGUAAAAUUUACUAUGUGCUAGACACUGUUCUUUUGCUGAGCACAUUAUUUUGCUGAGCAAAUAAUGCGAGAAGCUGGGCUAUAUGAAGAAGAACGGGGCAUCGGGAUUGGACGAAGACUCAUUAACAACCUGCGUUAUGUGGAUGACGCACCUUGCUUGCUGAAAGUGAAGGCGACUUGAAGCACUUACUAAUGAAGAUCAAAGACCACAGCCUUCAGUAUGGAUUGCACCUCAACAUAAAGAAAACAAAAAUCCUCACAAGUGGACCAAGGAGCAACAUCAUGAUAAACGGGGAAAAUUGAAGUCGUUAAGGAUUUCAUUUUACUUGGAUCCGCAAUCAAUAGCCAUAGAAGCAGCAGCCAGGAAAUCAAAAGACCCAUUUUAUUGAGUAAAUCUGCUGCAAAGGACCUCUUUGAAGUGUUGAAGAGCAAAAAGGUGGUCACCUUGAAGACUAGGGUGCGCCUGACCCAAGCCAUGGUAUUUUCAAUCUUGUCAUACGCAUGUGAAAGCUGGAUGAUGAAUAAGGAAGACUGAAAAAGGAUUGACGCCUUUGAAUUGUGGUGUUGGCAAAGAAUAUUGAAUAUACCAUGGACUGCCAAAAGAAUGAACAAAUCUGUCUUGGAAGAAGUACAGCCAGAGUGCUCCUUAGAGGCAAGGAUGGCGAGACUGCGUCUUAGAUACUUUAGGCAUGUUAGCAGGAGGGAUCAGUCCCUGGAGAAGGACAUCAUGCUUGGCAAAGUAGAGAGUCAGCGGAAAAGAGGAAGGCCCUCAACGAGGUGGAUUGACACAGUGGCUGCAACAAUGAGCUCAAGCAUAUAACAACGAUUGUAAGGAUGGCGCAGGACUGGGCAGUGUUUCGUUUUGUUGCGCAUGGGGUCCUUAUGAGUCAGAACCGACUCGACGGCACCUAACAACAACAGACACUGUUCUAAGUGCUUUGUUUGUACUACCUUAUUUUUUUUUCUCCCAGCAAGCCCCUGAAGUAGGUGUUCUUGUAGGUGAGGACACUAAUGCACAGAGAGGUUAAGUGACCUGUCUAGGGUGAAGAGCUGGUAAGUGCCAGAGCUGGGAUUGGAACCUGGGCAGUUCGUCUGCAGAGGCUGUGCUUUAGACCAUUGUCCCAUACAGUUUCUUUGGUUACACUGUAUACUCUACAGUGAUUCCCUCCUGUCAGUGAGGGCAGUGCCCCUGAGGAGGAAGGAGGGGAGACGGGAGGGGGGGAAGGGUGGUGUGUGUGUAUGUGUAUGCGAAGUCAUCUAUGCUUCAUGUGUAGUGUGCUUGGGUGGUACAGAUGGAUCGAUGAUCAACUAGGUAUAUGGCUGGGAGAGUGUGUUGAACACAGACCCCUCCCCAGAUCUCUUACAGACAGAAAACGAUUGGAAAGUAUGUGCUUCCCUCCUGGGGAGGCCUGUGGGCCUUCCAAAAGGAAGGGAGCAUUUCCUGACCCAUAGCCAUCCCUCUACCCACUCUGUUUCAGUGGCCAAAGGUCUGGGGUCCCUUUUGUUCCUAGUCUAAGCACUCUAUUGGCCAAUGGCCAGCUGCCUUUCAUCUUUCAGGUUGUUUGCUUGUAGCUUCUGCCUCCCUUAGAGAGGCUUUUGCUCUGUAAUUGAGAGAGAGGUGUUGAAAUCUCCAGCUAAAACUGGAUUUGUCUCUCUUGCCUUUUAGUUCUGUCAGUUUUUGCUUCAUCUGUUUUGAAGCUAUGUUAUUGAAUGUAUACACAUUUAGGAUUAUUAUGUCUUCAUGAUGAAUUGACCAUUUUAUCAUUAUGAGAUACCCUUCUUUACCCUUGGUAAUAUUCUUUUCUGGAAUAGAGCCACACACCAACUUUCUUGAUAUUAGUGUUUACAUGAUAUAUAUUUCCCCAUUGUUUUACUUUUAACUAUCUGGGUCUUUAAAGAGUGUUUCUUGUGAUCACAUAUAUUGAAUCUUCUGUUUUUACUCAGUUUGACAAUCUCUGCCUUUUAAUUGGAGUGUUUAGACCUUUUGUAUUUAAAGUAAUUAUUGGUAUGAUUGGGUUUAAGUCUACCAUCUUGCCAUUUGUUUUCUAUUUGUGCCAUCUGUUCUUUAUUCCUUCCUCUCCUGCCUUCUUUUGGAUUCACUGAGCCUUUUUUAGAAUUUCAUUUUAUCUCCAUUCCUGGCUUAUGUACCUUUACUUCUUUGGUUUAAUAUUGUCAGUGGUUGUAUAGUUUAUAAGUUUAACUUAUCUCCAUCUAUCUUCCAAUCUAUGUAUCUUUAUACCUUUUCAUAUGUAGCGUAAGAACCUUCUAACAGUAUGUUUCCAUUUUCCCCUUCCCCCUUGUGCUAUUGUUGUCAUAAAUUGUACCUCUACAAAUGUUAUAAAACCCACAGUUUGUUGUUAGUCUUUUAUAUUUACCCAUAAAUUUACUGUUUCUGGCACUCGCUGUUCCUUCAUAAAAAGGACCUCUCAGUCUAAGGAAAUUAACAAAAAUGUUUGUAAAACCUGAAUUUUUCUUCCUUGCCCUUUCAGUUUCACUUCCAAAGCUUGUUGCCUUUCUUUUUCUUUACCCAGCUUGUUUCCUUGCCCUUGGAGCUCCUGUCAGCAUUGUUAACCUGAGCGUGCUUUGUGCUUCGUCUCAUCUGUGGCAGCUCACAGUCGUGAUAAUCGAUGACGCUAUCAGCAGCUCUGACUACAGAACCCAGGGCUGGUGUUGCUAACACAUUCCAGUGGUGCUCGGCUCAGAAAAUCCUCACAUUCCACCUCUCUUCUCCUGCCUCCUCUGCUCCGUGGGUAGAGGUGCGACAAGAUCGCAGACUCUGCAGCUGCCAGUCUCCCUGGUCCUUCCUUGCCCUGUCCCUUGGUCAUACCCCUCCUUGUCUUUCCCUAGCAUACAACAAAAGUGCUGUCCAGUGGCCAGGCCCUGACUCUGCCUGGCUCCUUAGACUCCCUCCCAGCUGCCUCACCCCUAUGAACUCACCUCACCAUCGUCCCCUCCCCCAACCACAAAGGAAACCAGAGAGGCCACACAGUGAGUUUAAACUAAGUACUCACAAAGGCCUGUCUCUGGCCAGUCUUGUGGAGCUUUCCUUUGAUUUUUUAUUUUUUAAGAGUCGGGGGUGGUACCGGUUGGGAAGGCUGGUAGUGGUGGUGGUAACUAGAUCAGUAGGUCACCAAAAAAAAAACACCCAAACCCAGUGUCAUAGAGUUGAUUCUGAUUCAUGGUGACUCUGUGUGUUUCAGAGUAGAACUGCUCCACAGGGUUUUCUAGGCUGUGACUUUUCAGGAGCAGAUUGCCAGCCUUUCUUCCAAGGGUUCUCUGGGUGUGGGUUCGAACUGCCAGCCUUUUGGUUAGUAUUUGAGUGCUUAACCAUUUGCAACACCCAGAGAACCUAAGUAGAUCACAGUGGAUGGGAAAUUCACUGGGAGGGCUUGGACCACGUGGUCACGUGUUGUUCUCCGCCACUGUGCCUUGCAUAUAGUGAGCCGUCGAUACCUAGGCACCAAGUGAAGGCUCAGCAGAGGAAGUGAAAGAUGGCAGAGCAGGAGGUGGCACUGAACUAAGGGUAGGAUGGAACUUUGGAGAAAUGAACUUGGUGGGGGUCAUUUAUUCAUCUGUUCACUGGUCGUCCCCCAAGUACCUAUUAUGUGGUUGGCUCUGCUCUAUGCUAAGGAGAUAAAGAUGGACAAACACACACUCCCUGCCCUCACUGGGCAUUCAUAGGCUGGUGGGAUCAUGGCACUGAAGCAGACAGCUCCUGAUAGUUUGAUAUAUGCUCUGAUAGGGAAAGUACGUGGUCCUGAGGGGCCUCGAACCCAUUGUGGGGAGUGUGGUCAGGGAGGGCUUCGUGGAGGAAGUGGUACGUUAAGCUGAAUCUUUGUUGUGUGUUUAUUGUAACCGGAUCUUGACAUUUAGAAAAGCCCCAAACUUUGGUCUUUUGUGUAGAUCGCAUUUUAUAAUAAGAUAUGAGACUCUGUUACAGAAAGAGGUUCCCAGCAUAAAAACAACACAUUACUUUUGCUUUAGCAUUCUUUAGUUUUCAAAACACUUUUCCACCUCUCUUAUGUAGUCUUCACAUCGAUCCUGUUAGGUAGGUCAAAAAAGAAAAACAAAAAACACUGCCAUCAAGUUGAUUCUAACUCCUAGAGACCCUAUAGGACAGAGUAGGACUGCCCCAUGGGGUUUCCAAUGCUGUAAUCUUUGCAGAUGCAGAUUGCCACGUCUUGCUCCUGCAGAGCGGCUGGUGGGUUCAAACUGUGGACAUUUUGGUUAGCAGCGGACCACUUAACCACACUGUGCCACCAGGGCCUGUUAGGUAGCUAAGGUCCAUCUUUUUAUCCCCAUGCUGCAGAAAGGAAACUGAGCCCUGCAGAGUCUCAAGGGAUAAGAGAGGAUUUAGCCAGGUAAAGAAGACAGGAGGGUGGUCUAGGCAGAGGGAACAGCAUGUGCAAAGGCCUGGAGGGAAGAGACGUGUGUGUGUGUGCAUGUAUACACUAAGUUCAUGGACUAUGAUUUGGCACCCUGUGUCUUCUCAGUAGGGUCGCUGUGUAGUGCACACAGUUUGCAGUUGACUACUAACCUAAAGGUUGCCAGUUCUAACCCACCCAGGGGCACUGCGGAAGAAGGGCCUGACAAGCUCCUUCUGUAAAGAUUACGGCCAAGAAAACCCUAUGGAGCAGUUAGUUCUACUCUGUGACACAUGGCAGCAGUGGGUUUGGUUUUUGGUUUUGGUCCUCCCAAUUGGGUCUUACAAGCCAAUCAAGCUCAGCCUGAGCCACAAGGCUGAGGGUGGUCGCUGGCCAGGCCGAGCCUUGGCUUCCUCGAUGGAAUGACCUUUUGGGUAGGGGCUUGGUGCCAGGGCUGAGGCAGGGCUGGCCGUGGGCUUCUCUUAUUCUGCAGUCAGAGUUUGUGAAAACUCUUUCUGGGCUUAGCUGGGAAAAAGGUGGGGCCCCUGGGCCAGUCCCAAGGGGCUUUUCCAUGAGAGUUUGAGGCCCGAGAUUGUGUCCUGGGCCUGCUGGGCCCCAGUGGUUUGCCUGAGAGCACAUGUGGCCGGAAGGACCUGGUUCCUCUGAUAACAGGCUUGGCUUGGCCCAUCUUCCUCCCUGGGAGGGGCUGUCAGGGAUGGAGCUGGCUUCGUAUCUGGAUUUCAGAGGCAGACUUCAGCACAGAUGGGAGCGGGUGGAGGGAGAGAACUGUGACAUUCCUGAACCCUCUGAGAAUCCCUGGAGCAGCUACUUACAGCCUACUGAGCUCCUCCAGGGCUGGCCAGGAGGAAGAGCUGACUGCAGUGGCAAUACCGUAUCAUUUCCCAAACUGCCACCUUCUGGGCCCUGAGUGACUCCUAGAUGAUUCGGCCAGGCCUGGGUAGCCCUGUGGCCCUGCCUGUUCUGGGUUUGACGCCUGCCCUUGCUGCCCUCAUCAUCUGACUCUUCCCCUGCACCCUCUUCCCCUUGGCCCUGCUCCCUCCUGUCCUCUAUCUUAUCUGUUCCAUCCUUUAUGCAAAAAACAACCAUGGGAGGCAUCCUGUCCUCCUCCAUCUGUCUCCACAUCCCUCAGUUACUGGGGCUUGUUGACAUUACCUCCUUGUAGUUGGAGAACUAGCUUUUGGUCUCCCUCCAGUUCCUCCUGCACACCCUGCCUAAAGGAUUCAGAAUGCAAGCCUGGUCCUGCCUUUCUCCUUUUGACAGCCCUUUGAGGCUCGACAGUGGGAAGUACAGGCUCCUGAGCGGGCACUGGGUCCUUGGUGACUCUUCCACCAGCCCCUCUUCGACCAGCUGGGACUUGUGCUCUGAGCCCCCACCUCCUCUGCCCGGGCAGUUUCUCAGGCUAUUUCUCACGUCCACCUCUGCUGCUUCCUGUGCCCGGAAAGCCCUCCCCUGGGUGGAUGUGGCAGUCUCUCUCUAGUUGGCUGUCUCUGGGGCAGACGCCUGUGCCCGAAACAUUGCCUGCCCCAUGGCAGAUGCUCAGGACAUGUUUGUGGACAAGGUCAAGACCAUCGCCGACAAAGACGAGGCUGUGCCCAGGGAGAGGGACAGAGGACUUGGAGGAGGCAGACGCCCUUCUUGCAGACUUGGAGUCCACCACCUCCCACAUCUCCAAACGGCCCGUGUUCUUGUCUGAGGAGACACCCUACUCAUACCCAACUGGAAACCACACCUACCAGGAGAUCGCCGUGCCGCCUCCAGUCCCUCCACCCCCAUCUAGUGAGGCCCUCAAUGGCAGCAUCAUUGACCCCUUAGAGCAGUGGCAGCCCAGUGGCCCCCGAUUCAUCCACCAGCAGCCUCCAUCGCCGUCACCGGUGCAGGGCCCCAGUGCCCCCACCCCCCAGGACAGCCUCAGUGCUCCAGGCUCCCGUGCUGGUGAGGACGAACACGUCUACAGCUUCCCCAACAAGCAGAAGUCGGCUGAGCCCUCACCCACUGUCAUGAGCUCCUCCCUGGGCAGCAACCUCUCAGAACUUGACCGCUUGCUGCUGGAGCUUAACGCCGUGCAGCAUAACCCCCCCGGCUUCCCUGCAGAUGAGGUCAACUCUAGCCCCCCUCUGCCUGCGGCCCUGAGCCCACACUAUGGCAUCCCAGAGAACAACAGCCCCCUAGGAGGCAAAGCCGGGCCCCUGACGAAAGAGAAGCCUAAACGGAAUGGGAAUCGGGGCCUGGAAGACGUGAGGCCCAGCGUGGAGAGCCUCUUGGAUGAAUUGGAGAGCUCCGUGCCUAGCCCUGUCCCCGCCAUCACUGUGAACCAGGGUGACAUGGGCAACCUGCAGCGGGUCACCUCCAGCCAGCAGCAGACGCGCAUCUCGGCGUCCUCGGCCACCCGGGAGCUGGACGAGCUGAUGGCCUCACUGUCAGAUUUUAAGACCAGCUCCUCAGCUGUGGCCCUGAGCUCCCAGGGGCCGCAGCCCCGCUCAGCUCCAUCCCCACCCAACACAAUUCCUUCUUCUUCUCCUCCUCCUCCUCCUCCCUCACCCUCUGUGCUCCUGCCUUCCACUGCUAAACCUUCCCCUCGAGGCUGCGGCCACACCCUGGAGGUCCUGUGCGUUGAGAAAAGUGGUAAUGCAUGGGGGCUUCCGUCUCUUGUGGCCCCCAGCAAUCUUGGGGGGACACUGGACACCUCCAACUCAAGGGUUCCCUCUGCAGAGGGUUCUCUGGGGCACCUUGAUUCAGAGAGCCCAGCUCGAGUUUGGAGGGAAGGCUUCAUGAGAGACACACAGAACUUCAAGGGUGAGCUCUCUGUGGCUCCUCCCUGUCACACUCCUCCCCAAGCUGGGUGGUGCACAGGCCUCCAGGAGCCUGGAGACCCCCAGGGGCUGCCAGCCAACCCUUUGUGCCCAGAGGAGGCUGUGGCUGUGUGGGCUUUGGGGGCACUCAGGCCUGAGGCUCCCCGUGGAGCUGCGUCCGCCUUCCAGGAAGUAACUGAGCCAGCCGUUGUGGCCGUGGAUCGCCAGGCCGUCUUCCCGGAUACGUGGAGUCUCACAAAGGAGCAUGGGCAGUGGAAGGAGAAGGCAAGGCCAGAGCCAGGGGACCCAGAAGGGGGCUGCCCUGCCCCAGUCGAGAAGGAGCAGCUAGGUGAAGAGACACCCAAGAGGGGCAGCCCAAUCAGGCCAAGCCAGGGACCUGAGAACCCAAGGAACCCAGAGUGCACUUCUGAAGCUGUUCCUGAGGCCAGGCAGGAGCAGUUGGAGCUUCCACAUGUCACGGUCAUGGACACGCCCAGCACCACGGAGAGGAUUUCCACCUCUGGCCAGAUUCGCUCUGUGAUCAGGAGGAGCCGGGAGACAGGCCACGCACACCCCAUGUCCCGGGAGCCCUCCCCCCGCCGCCGGCGAGACCCCUCCUCCCUGAGCAGGACCCCCUCCCAGGAGCGGCUCAUCGCAGAGCUGCAGGGGCGGCUGGGCAUCCAGCUGGAGGCCGAGGAAUCCACGGCGGUGGCAGGGCCGGCGGCGGAGGACUGGCUGACGGAGGGCGUCGUCAUCACCGUGCAGCCACGUGGGAGGCGGGCUGGGGGGCAGCUUGUGGAGAAGGUUGUCUUCCCUCCUGGCUCUCCCAUCCCCCUGAGAAGAACCAUCUCUGUCCUGGCCUCUCCUCCUCCUCCUGUCCCUUUGCUCCAGCAUCGCAAAGACGUCUUGGCCAGCAGCUCUUCUCCCUUGCUCAGCCUACCCGGUCCCCCUCCACCGGGACCCUCAGCUCGUACCUGGGGCUCUCCUGGGGUCCAGAGUGCAGGGGACAGUCCCUCUCUCCAUGAGGCUGUGCAGGGCCCCGCCUCUCCCGCCCCUGUGCCCCACACCAUGAGGCCCUCUGUGAGGUCCGUGGGCUGCCAGACCGACGAGGACCCGCUCUUCCCCCCGGUGCAGAUCCAGGGCCUGGAGCAAAGAGCAGAUGGAGAGCUGUGCUGGGCAGCUGGCUGGGCUCCGGACGGCAGACAGAGCGGUCAAGGGCCAGACGAGGGAGGGUUCAUGGCCCAGGGGAAGGCAGGGAGCAGUUCUCCCCCUGGGGGGACCCCAAAGCCUGGGAGCCAGCUUGACAGCAUGCUGGGGAGCCUGCAGUCUGACCUGAACAAACUGGGGGUCGCCACAGUUGCCAAAGGGGUCUGCGGGGCCUGCAAGAAGCCCAUCGCUGGGCAGGUCGUGACCGCCAUGGGAAAGACGUGGCACCCGGAGCACUUUGUCUGCACCCACUGCCAGGAGGAGAUCGGGUCCCGGAACUUCUUUGAGCGGGACGGCCAGCCCUACUGUGAAAAAGACUAUCACAACCUCUUCUCUCCACGCUGCUACUACUGCAAUGGCCCCAUCCUGGACAAAGUGGUGACAGCCCUUGACCGGACGUGGCAUCCUGAACACUUCUUCUGUGCCCAGUGUGGGGCUUUCUUUGGUCCUGAAGGGUUCCAUGAGAAGGACGGCAAGGCCUACUGCCGGAAGGAUUACUUUGACAUGUUCGCACCCAAGUGUGGCGGCUGUGCCCGGGCCAUCCUUGAGAACUACAUCUCGGCCCUCAACACCCUGUGGCAUCCCGAGUGCUUUGUGUGCCGGGAGUGCUUCACGCCCUUCGUCAAUGGCAGCUUCUUUGAGCAUGACGGGCAGCCCUACUGCGAGGUGCACUACCACGAACGGCGUGGCUCACUCUGCUCCGGCUGCCAGAAGCCCAUCACGGGCCGCUGCAUCACCGCCAUGGCCAAGAAGUUCCACCCGGAGCACUUUGUCUGUGCCUUCUGCCUCAAGCAGCUCAACAAGGGCACCUUUAAGGAGCAGAACGACAAGCCUUACUGUCAAAACUGCUUCCUCAAGCUCUUCUGCUAGGCUCCCUCCUCCCUCAGCUGCCCCCUCGCUGGCCCAGCCCCCAAUUGCUACUGUGACCCAGAGACCUCGCCCGGGGGUGAAGGGGCAAACCCGCCUGAAACUGGAACCCGCAUCGUCA